AGACAGGUCUGUCAUGGAAAAGAGAUGUGGAUGAAGCAAGUCUUAAAGAAUUAAAAUAUUUGGCAUUAGUUAUCAAAGAAACCAUGAGGUUACACCCUCCGUUUCCUCUGUUAGUUCCAAGAGAAAGUCGAGAGAAUUGCGAAAUCAAUGGCUACCAAGUACCUACCAAGACCAGAGUCAUAAUCAAUGCAUGGGCUAUGGGAAGAGAUCCUAAGUACUGGAGUGAAGUUGAGACAUUUUAUCCUGAAAGGUUCCUCAAUAGUUCCUGUGAUUUCAAAGGAACAAAUUUGGAGUAUAUCCCAUUUGGUGCAGGAAGAAGGAUGUGUCCAGGCAUAUCAUUUGCGCUUCCGAACAUUGAGUUGCCUCUCGCAAAAUUGCUUUACCAUUUUGAUUGGGAGCUUCCAAGUGGACUACCGCAUGAAAAUUUGGAUAUGUCUGAAACAUUUGGCAUGACUGCGAGAAGGAAAGACGACCUAAUCUUAAUUCCGACCACUCAUAGUCAUUUAUCUGCCUACUAACAUUUUUAUUUCUGUAUAAUGUUAUAUAAAUAAAUAUGUUUUUUUCAUUUUAUCA